AUUGCAAAUGGAAACAAACCCCAUCUCCAUACUCUCUAUUCUUCUCCAAAAUUUCAAUUCCAUCACUUCUUCCCUCCUCCGGCAUUCCUAAUUCCACCCUCGAAUGCUUUCCAUCCCAUCAACCCCUCUUCCUCCCAAUUUCCUCUUCACCACCCUUUCAUCUCUCUUAAUUGUCUCAAGACGAUAGAUUUCUAGUAGAUUUUGAGUUUGGGUUUUUGAUUUUAGGCAUUGAUAAUUGAUCUUAUGGGGUUGGGGUUUUUUGUUUGAGUGAAGACGUAGACGUAGUUGUGGGUAUUGGGUUAUGGGUACGUUAAUGGCGUCUUGGUGUUUGCUCAAUCAUCCAUCAAAACCCAAAACCACGACUCGGUAUGAGAAAAUCAACAGUGGUUAUCUUCAAUCAUGCAUCGCCUCCACCAAUUCAAGCAAUACUUGUUCGGAUUUUGAAUCUGAAAAUUUGAAAACCCAGAACAAUGUUGAUUUGUCGUGGCUUCCUAACUACGAUAACGAAAAUUCCGCCUCUGAUUCUCAUCAUCACAAUCGAGAAAUCGAUUUUGAUUAUUCAUGGCUUCCUGAUCACAUCGGUUCAACAGCCGCCGCGAAAUCGGAAAAUGAUUCAUGGUUGCCGUCGGCGUCCACCCUAAUUGUCAACGGCGGAGAUGAUGAUGAUUCAUGGCUUCCUAACUACAAUGAAGACGUUAAGAAGAACACUUCAACAAUACCCUCGAAACCCAAUAAUUUAAUUCGUUCUCGGAAAAUGGAGAAUGAUUCAAAUUGUUCAAGGUUUCCCUCCACCCACACUGUGACAAAUGGAAAUCAAAACGAGGAAACCAUCAUCACCAACAACAAGCAUAAGAAAUUGAAGAACGAAGACCAUUGGAAGCGAGACCAUGAAGCAGUAUCUUCUCGUGAAGAACAAAUCCAGCACGCGAAGCCAUUGAAUAAGAAACCAGAAUCUUCAAGUUCUCAAGGACAAGUUUCUCCUUCUAAAUCGAAUUGCUCAGUCGAAACCGAUAGUUUAGGUGGGGUUUCGACCCUCUGUAGAAGAUUUCAGGACCUGGCUGAAUCCAGGAACACUAACAGAAAACCAAAAUGUUCCUCCGGUGGCAACAACAAUUCCGAGAGGGGUGCGCCACCGAGCACAACCGCCGGAAACAAAAAUGAAUUCUUUUCUCGGAUUUGUAACACUUGGGAUCACCAGAAGGUCGCCGGAAAACCCUGUUUCAUACGAGGACGCCUAGCUUUCAACGAUUUCCUCAAUCGAAUGGAACAAGAUAAACAGCGUGAACUCGAAUGUCUAGCUCAGAGAAAACCCGUCUCACAGUUUUCAUAUCGAGGACGUAUCCGAGCUUUGCUUCGAUUUAGAUUCAUAAGACCUGGCGCCGAACCCAAAACCCAUAAACUGAAAUCGAUAACCAAGGAUCAUCGCAAAAUCAUAGAAUUGACAACGCCGGUUAAAAAUAUUAUGGAUAAACCCCAUGAAAUUGAUACUUCAUCUCACUCGAUUCAGGGGAUAGAUCAUACUAUUCAAUUAGAAAACUAUCAUGAUUGUGUUAGUGAUUACUCUCAAUCACAGAGUGAUUGGGAUGAUGAAGAAGAAGAAUACGAUUAUGAUGAAUCAUCUUGGGAUAUGGAUCCAUUUGAUGAUUGGAUUAGCGAAAUCGCGCGACCAAAAAGUUAUUGGGAAUGUAUGAGGAGGGCUAGGUACCAUGAGAUGCGUUACCUUUACUCCUACAAACAAGAUCUUCGAGAACUUCUAGAAAGAAGAUGCGUUGUGGGUUUUCUUUCUAGUGAUCAUAAGAACAAGAUAGACGAGUUAAUGGUGAGUCGGGUACAAAGGAAUGAAGGGAUAGAGUUGAGGAAAGAAGACAUGGAAGAGGAAGAAGAUGAAGGUGGUUGGAGCAAAGUCGAGAAAAAAUGUUGGCAAUACAAUGAGUUUAUUGAUCAAACCAGGGUUCAAGAAGAAAGAUCUUAUCAAAUUUCGUCUUCCAUAGAGAUGGAGCAACUCGAUGGAGUAAUAAUGGAAAAGGGGAAAUCAAUAGCGAGUUGUGUGGAUAUAUGCAAUUGAAGAUGCAAUGUUGUUUUAUGAAUCAAUGUUUUGAAUACAUUUAGACUUUUUUCUUUCUUCAUAGAAAGAGAUAUGGUUAGUUUUAAUGUUUUGUAAAUGGAAGACAUUGCACACUAAAAAGGUUGUAAACAAGAGGUGAA